AUGACCAACUCCUCUGGGGAUGUUUACGAGAAGAACUCUCCCAGUAUCGACCACGCUCACAUCGAAUCCAUAGAGGCCGGCAACAAUCAGCACCUGCGACAAGGAACGCAACGUCGCCUCACUGCACGGCAUGCCAUCUUCAUUGCUUGGGGCGGCACCGUGGGAACUGGCCUCUUCGUCACCACAGGCAAGGGACUGUCCCGCGGUGGUCCUGCAUUCCUCGUUGGCAGCUACAUCAUAAUCUCGCUGCUCGUCUACUCUAUUCUCACGGCCAUUGUCGAGAUGGCGACCUUUCUGCCCGUGAGGGGCGGCUCCAUGAGCCAUUACGGCACUCAAUUCGUAUCUCGUAGCUGUGGCUUCAUGAUGAGCACAUUGUACAUUUACUCCUUUGCCAUCCUCAUUCCCUUUGAGCUCGUCGCAUGCGCCAUCAUCAUUGACUUUUGGCGCUUGCCCGUGCCGAGUGCCGCAUGGAUCACCAUCUUCGGAGUGUCCCUGAUUCUUCUCAACGCGUUGCCUGUGCGGUGGUAUGGCGAUGCAGAGUCCGUCUUCACUGGUGUCAAGAUUUGCACCAUAUUCGGCCUUCUUAUCCUCGCCAUUGUUCUUUUGUUUGGCGGCGGUCCUGGCCAUGACAGGCUCGGGUUCCGGUACUGGAAGCAUCCCGGCGCAACCAAGACCGUGAUUCUAGACGGGCAUGUUGGUAGAUUGGUCGCUGCAGUUGCGACGUUUGUGGGCAGCGUUUUACCAUUUACGUUUACUCCUGAGAUGAUUGUCGCCACGGCCGGGGAAAUCCAGAGUCCGCGGAGGAAUGUGCCCAAGGCAGCCAGGCAUUUCACUUGGCGACUAAUUGUAGCCUUUAUUGGGAGCGUUAUGGGCAUUUCCAUCAUUUGCCCGUCAGACGCCGAGGCACUCACAGCCGGCUCGGAUGCCGGGUCCUCCCCCUGGGUUGUUGGAAUCCGCAUGGCUGGGAUCAGUGGCUUGGACAACGUUAUCAACGCCGUCAUCCUCGUUGCCGCCUGGUCCACAGGCAAUGCCUUUUUCUACCUUGCCAGCAGAGCCCUCCAUACUAUGGCGUUGGAGGGCAGUGCCCCUGCCAUCUUCAAACGCUGUACCGCAAAAGGUGUACCUAUCUAUGCGGUUGGCGCUAUAUCGCUCGUCUUGCCGCUCGGUUAUCUAACCAUAAGCACUUCAGCCCUGGAUGUUCUCUACUGGCUGCUGAACUUGGUGAACACGGGAGGCUACAUCUCCUGGGUCUGCUGCGGCGUCACCUAUCUUCGCUUUCGACGCGCCUGCGAGGUUCAAGGGAUCCCCGACUCCCAGCUUACCCAGCGUUCGUGGAUGCAGCCAUACGCGUCGUAUGUGACAAUCAUUGUCUUUAGCAUUCUGUGCUUCCUCAAUGCUUUUACCGUCUUUUUCCCAGGACACUGGUCACUGGGUAACUUCAUUUCUGGUUACAUUGGACUCCCUGUUUUCAUUGGCAUCUACGCCAUACAUUGCUUUGCUCACAAGUCUGAGCCGUGGGUCGUACCCAUCAACGAGAUUAAUCUCCAGAUCAGUGACGAAGAGUUGAGUGACAUGACGCUCGAGCACGAGGCUGUGAGUGAGCUGUCCACCUGGCAGCGCUUGAGCAACAUAGUCCGCAAGCGAGCCUGA